GAGACGACCACGUCGCCUCUGUCACGAAACCGCCAGUGACGCUCACAUCCGAUAAGCAUAGAAGAAGCAAAUCGAAGAGAAGAGAAACAACAAACAAUUGAGAAAACGCAAUCCGAUGACGUCUAAGGCUGUCUUCUCCACGAUCCGUCGAUCUCUAACGAAACCACGCGGCGGCGCAGUUUCCCGAGGCCACCACUUGUCCACCUCCGCCGCGACGGCGUCCGAAUCCUACGCAAGCGACGAACACGCGAUCUUGAUGAAAGGAGUUCGAAUCUCAGGCAGGCCUCUCUACCUCGAUAUGCAGUCGACGACCCCGCUCGACCCCAGAGUCUUCGACGCGAUGAACGCCUCUUCCAUCUACGACUACGGGAACCCGCACUCGCGCACGCAUCUCUACGGCUGGGAAGCGGAGAACGCCGUCGAGGUGGCUCGAAUCCAGGUCGCGAAGCUCAUCGGCGCCUCGUCCAAGGAGAUCGUGUUCUUGUCCGGCGCCACGGAGGCGAACAACACGGUGGUGAAGGGCGUGAUGCACUUCUACAAGGACAAGAAGAGGCACGUGAUCACCACGCAGACUGAGCACAAGUGCGUUCUCGACUCGUGCAGGCAUUUGCAGCAGGAAGGCUUCGAGGUAACCUACUUGCCGGUUAAAACCGACGGUUUAGUUGAUUUAGAGAUGCUGAGAGAGUCUAUUAGACCGGAUACCGGUUUAGUUUCGGUUAUGGCUGUGAACAAUGAGAUUGGCGUGGUGCAACCUAUGGAGGAGAUUGGUAGGAUUUGCAAGGAGCAUAAGAUCCCGUUUCAUACCGAUGCUGCUCAAGCUAUAGGGAAGAUACCUGUUGAUGUUGAGAAGUGGAACGUUAGUUUCAUGUCGAUGAGUGGGCACAAGAUCUACGGACCGAAAGGUGUUGGUGCUAUGUACGUUAGAAGGAGGCCGAGGGUGAGGCUCGAGCCGUUGAUGAACGGUGGAGGGCAAGAGAGGGGGCUUAGGAGCGGGACGUUGGCUACGCAGCAGGUUGUUGGGUUUGGGGUUGCUUGUGAGUUGGCGAUGAAGGAGAUGGAGUAUGAUGAGAAGUGGAUCAAGAGGUUGCAGGAGAGGUUGCUGAAUGGGGUUAGGGAGAAGCUCGAUGGGGUUGUGGUGAAUGGUUCGUUGGAGAGUCGGUAUGCUGGGAAUUUGAAUCUGUCGUUUGCUUAUGUUGAAGGAGAGAGUUUGUUGAUGGGUUUGAAGGAAGUUGCGGUGUCUAGUGGAAGUGCUUGCACGAGUGCGAGUUUGGAGCCGUCUUAUGUGUUGAGAGCUUUGGGUGUGGAUGAGGAUAUGGCUCACACUUCGAUUAGGUUUGGAAUCGGUAGGUUUACUACGGAGGAAGAGAUUGAUAAAGCCGUGGAGCUUACGGUUAAACAAGUUGAGAAGUUGAGGGAGAUGAGCCCGCUUUAUGAGAUGGUUAAAGACGGUAUUGAUAUCAAGAACAUACAGUGGUCUCAGCACUGAUUCAUCUCAAACCAGUGCGGUACAAGAGGGAAGCUCGGGUCUCCGGUUGUACCGGAUGAUCUGAUCCUGAGUUGUUACUACUAUGUUAUGUUGGUAAUUUAUCUAUGUUUGCUUUCUAGAUAGAUUACAAGUGAGAGAGUGUCGUUAUAUGGUUUUGUAAUAACCAGAGCACGAACUAAACUCUGAGUUUCUAUGUUGGACUUGCAGAAUAAGUAAGGCGAAAACGUUAAUGUAACGGUCCAUUUAGUAAUAUCU